AAUUCUGACGUAACGAGUAUAUCCGGUACUUGCGCUCGUAUUGUUAAGCGCAGGCGAGCUAAGAGUAUUCCGUUUGUGGGAAAUACGUAGCUAGUUGUAUACUGUACAACGUUUAUAGACGAAAGUUAAGGCGUAAGAUUUGGGUCUAAAGUAUCUCCAUGGCUGUUAGAAGGGGACACAUACGGUACCUGAAAGUCUGUGAGGUUCAGAGCCAAGGAAUUGAUAGAGAUUCACAGCAGCUUGGCAAGGGUGUCAUUAAACAGGAGGCUUAUGACCUGCCAAAUGGUUACGAGGACCAUAUGGGGGAUGAGCCAAAGGACGCCAAAACAAACCUGAUCGUCAACUACCUGCCACAGAACAUGACGCAGGAGGAGCUGCGAAGUCUUUUCAGCAGUAUUGGCGAGGUGGAAUCUGCCAAACUUAUUCGAGAUAAAAUGGGAGGCCACAGUUUAGGGUACGGAUUUGUUAACUAUGUUAACCCUAGUGAUGCAGAAAGGGCAAUCAGUACUCUCAAUGGGCUGAGACUACAGUCUAAAACUAUCAAGGUUUCUUAUGCCAGGCCGAGCUCUGACUCAAUCAAAGAUGCCAAUCUUUAUAUUAGUGGUUUGCCCAAGUCCAUGACACAGAAAGAUGUCGAAGACAUGUUUGCCCGGUAUGGACGCAUCAUAAACUCACGUGUGCUGGUUGAUCAGGCUUCAGGUUUGUCCCGCGGCGUUGCCUUUAUUCGGUUUGAUAAGAGGGCUGAAGCAGAAGAAGCCAUCAAGGGCCUCAAUGGCCAGAAGCCCACUGGAGCAACCGAGCCAAUCACGGUGAAGUUUGCUGCAAACCCCAAUCAGGCAAAAAACUCCCAGCUGCUGUCCCAGCUGUACCAUACACAGUCUCGGCGCUUUGGAGGCCCUGUUCAUCACCAGGCCCAAAGAUUCAGGUUUUCACCCAUGAGUGUGGAUCACAUGGGUGGUGCAUCUGGCAUGAAUGUGUCUGGCAAUACCACUUCUGGCUGGUGCAUUUUCAUCUACAACCUGGGCCAGGACGUGGACGAGGGAUUUCUCUGGCAGAUGUUUGGCCCAUUUGGUGCAGUCACCAAUGUCAAAGUCAUUCGAGAUUUCAACACCAACAAAUGUAAAGGGUUUGGGUUUGUUACUAUGACAAACUAUGAAGAGGCAGCUAUGGCCAUUACUAGCCUCAAUGGAUAUCGUCUGGGGGACAAAGUCUUACAAGUCUCGUUCAAAACCAGCAAGUCCCACAAGUAAAAGGACAGUGUAUUACUUUUUGGGUUCUAAGAACUUGUAUGUUGCUUCUUUUUGCCUUGGCCUUCCAUCCCUCCCUACUACACUUCUAUUAGGGUUGAGUGUCUCCAUAAAAGUACUUGUGUAUCUUUUGAUGUCUGAUUGAAUAAGUGAUAGUGUUGUAUUACUUUUGGAUUCAACAGGCCAGUUGAAUUAAGUUGGAUAUAUGGCCUAAAAUAGUUGACACAAAUUGGAUAUGGGGGUGCCUGAACACUAGAUUCAUUCAGAUUGUUCAAGGACCAGUAAGACAUACGGGCUGUACCAAAAGCUUGCAAUAUUCAAAGUCCCAGACACUGUCAAGUUUAAUAUUGUGCUAUGUGAUGUUGCCCUUCCCUGUUUGAUAUUGUAUCAAGGUUCCAGUAAUUUGUUUUUCUUUUUCACCACAAUUAAUUGGCUGGCUGACGGCUGUGUCAAAUAUUUGACUAUGAAUGCCUGAUCUCUUUGCCUCCUUUGUCAAAUCACUUGCCAUAGUUUGGAGUUUAAAUGCAAAUCAGAGCAGCAAUUUCAGUGUUUUUUCACCACUCAUAUGACAUGAUUGAAUUUUUGCUGUAAAAUGUAAGGGUUUUUAGGAGCAUGCAAAAAGUGUUGACAACAUGCUUGUCAGAUCUUUGAGAAUAUUACCGAGCCACCUUUUGUUUUUGCUCGAUUUAAGUGAUUUGGGUUUAAAGGACCAAAGAAAUUGGACAGUCUGUAUUCAUUUGUUUUUUUUUUAUAUAUAUGUAAACAUUGCCCUUUUUGUUUUUGCAAUUAAGAUAUUAAACCUGUUUUGCAUUAAAACCUGUUACUAUUUUGUCUAGCUUGUAAAUUUAGCAAGAGGCUGGAUUUAAAAAAUUCUUUUAACUCGCCUCAAGUUGAACAGUGUGUCUUAUCAGCCUUUCUGGAUCAGCUGUCCUACUCAAGUGUUCAGCGGUCAGUUGUCAGUCCAUGCAGAAUAUUUGAAGACGGCCUGGUCAUCAUGGUGGUCUGGCUUGUAGACAAGUUGGGAUGUUUUGUCUCUUUAUUUUUAGUUUUUUUCAUGGAGACACACCCUCCUCACCCCUUUUUAGUACAAGUAAUUAAAUCAAUACAUGUUUGUGUAAUUUAGUAUUCCCAUCACAACUCCUGUAUAUAAGAUUUAGCAAUUAGAGUGAAGUUCAGUCUAGAUUAAUGACGAUUUACCCCUAUGAAUACUAUACAUAGAUUAUUAAAAGUUUGGAUUGUUCUGCAAGACACCUUAAUUUCUGCUGGUGUUAGGCAGCAAUGCCUGUCUAGCGUAGACGUCGCAUUUUUGCCUCCAUAUAUGCAUGUUCAUUUAAGGCUUUGUCAGUAGCAAUCACAUAAUGUAUGUGCUCUGUGAUGUUGACCUCAUCAGAAGUGUGAGCUUAGCUGUUGUAGCAUGAAUCUUUUAUGUAUUUACAAAUAAAUGCUAUUCUUUUGUUGUAAA